UUCUCUUCCAGAAAAUGAAAAGAAAAACACACUCACAAACACAGUAUAUUUGUGGUGUUGUUACUGUUGUACAGUUCUGACAUAUGGUACUAAUAUUGAAUAUAAGAGCAAACUUUAGUUCAUACUUUCUUUCCAGCUCAAUGAAUGAAUGAACCCCACAAGAGAAGCAAUAUAGAAAAUUCCAAAAACGCGUACGGUCGUCAUUUUGAUGGUCAAAAACCAGAAAAUUCCAUCCACAUCCACCAUCAUCUCUUAUCAUUCAAUAUCUUUGAUAAACUAUAUGCAGUGCAGGUGCUCACUAUUAUACCAAAUUUAUUCUACCCCUUUAUAUUUUUCAAUAUACAGUACCAAACCAAUAAAAAGAUCAGCCCAAAGUUUUUAUUUUGACUAUUAUUAUAUAGGUUCUUGUUCAGACCAACAACCCCAACCAGUUUAUCUUCUGGUGACGGCCAGACCCAUAUGGUAAGCAACCAAAAAAAGCACUAAUUUUUUUGGUGAUACAUAUACCCUUUUGGAUUUAUCAGAUACAGAAGAAAGAAGAAGAGGCAGAUAGAUAGAGAGACAGAAGUUGGUUUGGAUUUUGGUUAAGUUGUUAAGGUGGGUAAUAGUGGAUACAUGAUUCAGGAAUUUGAGAUAUGAGUAAUCAGGCAGUUGCAAGUGCUUCUAACACAGCAAAAUCCCCCAGCUUCUUUGAAAAAAUCAAGAAUGCUACUUGCCUUAAAUCUUCAUCGGCUGAUUCUGGGAAGGGGAAAAGCAAGUCAUCGACUAAUACAGUGUCUCAUGGAUUCCACUUAGUUGAAGGUAAAUCUGGUCAUGAUAUGGAGGACUACCAUGUUGCUGAAUACAGAAAAAAGAAGAAUCACGUGCUUGGAUUAUUUGCCAUAUUUGACGGCCACCUAGGUGAUCGUGUGCCAAGUUAUUUGAGAGAUAACCUUUUCAACAGAAUACUUGAUGAGCCAACUUUCUGGAACAAUCCUGAGUCGGCAAUAAGGAAUGCUUACCGCUCCACAGAUAAGUUAAUAUUGGAUAACUCCUUGCAAUUAGGGCCUGGUGGCUCAACUGCAGUAACUGCAAUAGUCAUUGAUGGCAAAGACUUAUGGGUGGCAAACAUUGGUGACUCAAGAGCUGUUGUGUGUGAGAGGGGCGCUGCUAAUCAAAUUACAGUAGAUCACGAACCUCAUAGUGAACGAAGAAGGAUCGAGAAGCAGGGUGGCUUUGUGACUACUCUGCCUGGAGAUGUACCCAGGGUUAAUGGCCAACUUGCAGUUGCACGUGCUUUUGGGGAUCAAAGCCUCAAAGCUCAUUUAAGUUCAGAGCCUGAUGUAAGACAUGUGCCCGUAAACUCAACCAUUGAGUUUGUUAUAUUGGCAAGUGAUGGAUUAUGGAAGUUGAAGCGCUCUGGCUGGCAGGUUAUUAAAAAUCAAGAGGCAGUUGAUUUGGUGAAACACAUAAAAGAUCCUCAAGCAGCAGCAAAGCGAUUGACAACUGAAGCAUUGGCGAAAAAUAGUAAAGAUGAUAUAUCUUGCAUUGUGAUCCGUUUUGGAUGAUGCUGCUGAGAAAAAAUUGCUUUCCACUACAAAGUCAGCUCUUUUGUUAGUAUUGUCCUGGUUCCAGUAGGAAGAUUGAAAUAGAAGCACUGUUUGAUUUAUCUUAUGUUAUGCAUGCAAUGGCUCCUUUGUAGGGAUAUUCAUGUUAGAGCUAGUGGACAUGGUGUGUCGUGCAUAUUUUUUAUAUUACCUGGGAAAGAGUUUUCCUUGACCCAUGAACCACGUACAGAAGUUUGCAAGCUUGCUGGGGUUGGUAUAAUACUCUAUUUUGGUCAAAUGGGGGUGGGAAGGAGAAGAAAAAAAAAGGAGAAAAAAAUGAAGAUUGUGUAUAUAGUUGGUGGACAUAAAUAUGAUAGUUUGAAAACUCUUA